UCUCAGAGAGGGACCCCAACCUAAAAAAGAUCACCAUCAACAUUCCUUUUAUUUUCUUUCUUCCUCUUCUCUAAUUUAAUUUCAAUCACAUACAUUAACUCUUUAUAGCCCCACAAUCUUUUUAAUACCUUGCCUUUUAAGCACUCUUUCAUCCUUUCUUAUUCUCCUCUCUCUUCAUGCCUUAAUGUCCACAACAAGGCAAGAACAAAACCCUAAUAACCCCAACUCUAAUCUUCAUUCUACUCCAAUAAAGUAAACCCUAACCCUGGUCUUCUUUUAUUUAGGUUUGAGGAAGUAAGCAAGAAAAUAAAGAGAGAAGCCGAUGUCGUUGCAAGUGAUCGGAUGUCGAGGCGAAAUCUGCUGGGGCCGGUCGGCACGCUAAAUACGGUCACGCCCUGCGCAGCCUGCAAGCUCCUCCGCCGCCGCUGCGCGCAGGAGUGCAUCUUUGCUCCUUACUUUUCACCUCAUGAACCUCAGAAGUUUGCCGCCGUUCAUAAGGUUUUCGGAGCUAGCAACGUAUCAAAAAUGCUCAUGGAGGUUCCUGGGCCUCAAAGGGCUGAUGCAGCAAACAGUCUUGUAUAUGAAGCCAAUGUCAGGCUUAGGGAUCCAAUAUAUGGAUGCAUGGGUGCAAUCUUGGCCUUACAACAACAACUUCACUCUCUAGAGGUUGAAUUGGCCGCAGUGAGAGCUGAGACUUUGAAGCAUAAAUUCAGACAAAAUAGUGCUAGCAUCAACAUUCCAUCUUCUUUAAUCGCUCCUAAUUCUUCAGAAGCUUCAGCUGCUGCUCGGCCGCUGCCACCGCCUCAGGCCGCUUCGUCGUCUUCCUCGAUGUAUACGCCACUGUCAAACUCUAGGGAUUAUAGCUCUAUUAGUAAUGAACAUGUUGCAUUUUUUGGUCAAAGAUAAAACUUCGAUUAACUUUUUCCCCCCUCAUUGAGAAUGUUGAAUUAAU